GAAAGAAAAUUGUUGAGUCUUGUUUACAAUUGGCUUGAGUUGUGAUAAUUUGUGGAAUUAUAUUUGUAAAUAAAAGAAGGUUUUUAAAUAAAUUGUUUAUAAUGUCUAUGCGACCAGAUGAUCAUCGUCGAAAAUGGGAUAAGACAGAAUACCAACGACUGGCACAGGAAAGAUUACAAAACCAGGCGGCUAAGGCAAAUCCGAAGGAUGAAGAACCUAUACAACGCGAGAACCUAAAGCGGCGGGACUACAAAGUCGAUCUAGACAGUAAACUCGGAAAAAGCGUUGUUAUAAACAAGAACACUCCUACCUCACAAUCUGGUGGCUACUAUUGUAAUGUAUGCGAUUGUGUCGUUAAAGACUCAAUCAAUUUUCUUGAUCACAUCAAUGGAAAAAAACAUCAACGUAAUUUGGGCAUGUCCAUGAAAGUGGAGCGCAGUACCGUCGAUCAAGUAAAAGAACGAUUUCAAGCGAAUAAAAAAAAGAUGGAAGAAAAACAAAAAGAUUAUGAGUUGGAACGGCGCCUACGUGAAGCUAAAGAGGAAGAAGAACGUUACAAGGAGCAUCGAAAAGAAAAACGGAAAGAGCGUAAAAGGAAAGCCAACGAUACCGAUCUAUUGGGUGGCGGUUUAUCUGAUGAUAUGGCAGCUAUUAUGGGAUUUUCUGGCUUUGGUGGAUCCAAAAAGAAUUCUUAGAAGAAAACAAGAAAUUCGUAAAUUUUUGGUUUUGUUUCUGUAAUAAUAUUUGUUAUUGCAUUAAACAUUGUAACAUAAAAGCUAGUAAAAAUAUAUGAACUUGAGCAAGAGAAACGUGUGGGAAGCUUCUACUGCCACCAUCUGACAUCGGAUUAUUCACGUGUGGCAACGUAGAUGACACCGGGCACUUGGACUAUGAUAGUAAUUCAAAGAUAUAAAUGAAAUAGAAAACAUAUAUUAAUAUUUAUAAAACUAUUUUAUAAGCACAUAAAACAAAACUACCAUAACUUA